CCCGCGCUGAAGGCGGUGGCGCGUCGCCUUUGUGGAAGCCGGAGCCCACCGGGAGGAAGUUCCGGUCUCCGCGACGCUGGGUCCGUGGCGGCCGCUGAGGAGGAGGAGCGGGUCGCGGGGGCUGCGCUGCUUUGGUACUACCGUACUAGAGUUUGGUAGGAAAAAGAUCGACUUAUUGAAGCUUUCUUGAUAUAGAAAGAGAUGUGGGGGGAUUCUCGAUCUGCUAACAGAACAGGACCUUUUCGUGGGAGCCAAGAAGAAAGGUUUGCUCCCGGGUGGAACAGGGAUUAUCCUCCUCCUCCCCUUAAGAGUCAUGCUCAAGAGAGACACUCUGGCAACUUUCCUGGCAGAGAUUCACUUCCCUUUGAUUUCCAGGGGCAUUCAGGACCUCCCUUUGCAAAUGUAGAGGAGCAUUCUUUCAGCUAUGGAGCUAGAGAUGGACCACAUGGUGACUAUCAAGGAGGGGAGGGACCUGGACAUGAUUUCAGAGGAGGAGAUUUUUCAUCCUCAGAUUUCCAGAGCAGAGAUUCAGCGCAGUUGGACUUCAGGAACAGGGAUAUACAUUCUGGGGAUUUUCGGGAUAGAGAAGGAACACCUAUGGACUACAGGGGUGGAGAUGGUACUCCUAUGGAUUAUAGGGCUAGGGAGACACCUCAUAUGAAUUACAGAGACAGGGAUUCUCACCCUGUUGACUUCAGAAGUAGAGAUGUUCCUCCAUCUGACUUUAGGGGGCGGGGCACAUAUGAUUUAGAUUUUAGAAGCCGAGAUGGACCCCAUGCAGACUUUAGGGGAAGAGAUUUAUCAGAUUUGGAUUUUAGAUCCAGAGAUCAGUCUCGUUCUGAUUUUAGGAACAGAGAUGUAUCUGAUUUGGACUUUAGGGAUAAAGAUGGAACACAGGUAGACUUUAGAGGCAGAGGUUCAGCUGCUACUGAUCUAGACUUUAGGAAUAGGGAUACACCACAUUCGGAUUUCAGAGGUAGACACCGUUCUAGGACUUACCAAGAUUUUAGGGGCAGAGAGGUAGGACCUUGUAUGGAAUUUAAAGAUAGGGAGAUGCCUCCUGCGGAUCCAAAAAUUUUGGAUUACAUUCAGCCUUCUACACAAGAGAGAGAACAUUCUGGUAUGAAUGUGAACAAGAGAGAAGAAUCCACACAUGACCAUGCAGUAGAAAGGCCUUCUUUUGGUGUUCAGAAGGGAGAGUUUGAGUGUUCAGAAACAAGAGAAGGAGAAACACAAAGUGGAACCUUUGAACAUGAAUCUCCAUCAGACUUUCAGAACAGCCAAAGCCCGGUUCAAAACCAAGACAAGCCAAAGCUUUCUGGAAGUGAACAGCAGAGUUCAGAUACUGGUCUGUUUAAAGAAGAAAGUGAUUUGGACUUUCUUGGCCGACAAGACACUGAUUACAGAAGCAUUGAAUACUGUGAUGUGGAUCACAGGUUGCCAGGAAGCCAGAUUUUUGGCUAUGGCCAGAACAAGUCUUUUCCACAGGGCAAAAUGUCCCGAGAUGCCCAACAGGAACAUCAGGAUCAAGAUUAUAGGACUGGCUCAAGUGAGGAGAAGCCUAACAGACUUAUUCGAUUAAAUGGGGUGCCAGAAAAUGCAACAAAAGAAGAGAUUCUUAAUGCUUUUCGGACUUCUGAUGGCACACCUGUAAAGGAGUUGCAGUUGAAGGAGUAUAAUACAGGUUACGACUAUGGCUAUGUCUGCGUGGAGUUUUCACUCUUGGAAGAUGCCAUCGGAUGCAUGGAGGCCAACCAGGGAACUCUAAUGAUACAUGAUAAAGAGGUCACUCUUGAGUAUGUACCAAGUCCAGAUUUUUGGUACUGCAAACGAUGUAAGACAAGCACGGAUGGGCAUCAGUCUUGUUCCUUCUGCAAGAGCCCUAAGGAAGAAGUAAAGCAAGAACUAGUAUCCUAUCCUCAACCUCAGAAAACAUCUAUACCAGUACCCUCAGAAAAACAACCCAACCAUCCACGGCCAACUGAUAAGGAACAUGAAUUCAGGAAGCGGGAAGAAGGACAAGAAUCAAGAUUGGGACAUCAAAAAAGAGACACGGAAAGAUACUUCCCUCACUCUCGAAGGGACGGGCUUACAUUCCGAAGAGACAGAGAAAAGGAGUCCUGGUCUGGAGAGACACGGCAAGAUGGAGAGAGCAAAACAAUCAUGCUAAAACGUAUUUAUCGUUCCACUCCGCCUGAGGUGAUAGUUGAAGUGCUGGAGCCUUACGUCCAUCUUACUACUGCCAAUGUCCGUAUCAUCAAGAACAGAACUGGCCCCAUGGGCCACACUUACGGCUUUAUAGACCUCGACUCCCAUGCAGAAGCUCUUCGAGUAGUGAAGAUUUUGCAGAACCUUGAUCCACCGUUUAGCAUUGAUGGGAAGAUGGUAGCUGUAAACCUGGCUACUGGAAAACGAAGAAAUGAUUCUGGGGACCAUUCUGACCACAUGCAUUACUGUCAGGGUAAAAAAUAUUUUCGAGAUAGGAGAGGAGGAAAUAGAAAUUCAGAUUGGUCCUCAGAUACAAAUCGACAAGGGCAACAGUCAUCCUCUGACUGCUAUAUAUAUGACUCUGCUACUGGCUACUAUUAUGACCCCUUGGCAGGAACUUACUAUGACCCCAAUACUCAGCAAGAAGUCUAUGUGCCCCAGGACCCUGAAUCACCAGAGGAAGAAGAGAUCAAGGAAAAGAAAUCUACUAGUCAAGGAAAGUCAAGUAGCAAGAAAGAAACGUCUAAACGAGAUAGCAAAGAGAAGAAAGACAGAGGAGUGACAAAGUUUCAAGAAAGUACCAGUGAGGGGAAGUCCUCCCCAGAAGAUGUUUUUAAGAAGCCCCUGCCUCCUACAGUGAAGAAAGAAGAGAGUCCCCCUCCACUAUCCAGGGAACCAGGUGUGGCUACUUGUGACUUCUGGCCUGCCCGUCCGAGUCAAAACCUGGAAAUCCACCGGAAGAUUAAACAGUCUGAGCAAGAGCUAGCCUAUCUGGAGAGGAGAGAACGGGAGGGAAGGUUUAAAGAAAGAGGAAAUGAUCGAAGGGAAAAGCUCCAAUCUUUUGAUUCUCCAGAAAGGAAACGGAUUAAAUACUCCAGGGAAACUGACAGUGAUCGUAACCCUGUUGAUAAAGAAGAUACUGACACUAAUAACAAAGGAGGCUGUAACCAGCAGGCCACUAGCUGGAGGAAAGGGGCAGGCCUGGGAUAUAGCCAUCCUGGAUUGGGUUCAUCAGAGGAGACUGAAGGAAGGAUGAGGGGAUCUGGUGGUGGCACCCCAGGAAGAACCAGCAAGAGACAGUCCAAUGAAACUUACCGAGAUGCUGUUCGAAGAGUUAUGUUUGCUCGAUAUAAAGAACUCGAUUAAGAGUGGAGACACCCCACAAGGACACAACCUCUUUCUUGUUUUGUUUGUCCAUCUCUCCUUUUGUUUUGUUACUGUUCUUGCUGCUAGAACUUUUUUAAAUAAACUUUUUUUCAAUGUGAA